GUUUGACCACGCAUACAUGGAGCUUCACGGAAAGUGUCAGAACACGGGAGACUACCAAUGGUGAUUCUCCCUUUUGGAGCUCAUUAUCUGCCUUGGACUGCUGCUCGCAUGGACAGUCGGGAUCUAUAUAAUGUGGAUCUAUACACAUUACGCCAUCGCGUCCAACAAUGGCCACUUCGAAGACGUCCGUGGAGAAUAUCGCGCAGUUCUCGAAUUAACAGCAGCCAUGAGGAUUGAGCUCGAUGUAGAGGACACUGAUCUUUCACUGCUUAGGGAGAAGCAGCUCAAAGAAAGGAUCGAUAAAGAGAUCCAGGGUGGCACAAUCUUCCACGCUUAUCCUGACUCUAGACUGAAAGUUCAUAGUAUUCGAGAAGGCCUCAAGACUUGGUUCAAGAAAGAGAUAUGGUGGUUUUCGGCGAUGUUGGGUACAAGCCUCUUUUGCUCGACUGGAAUGUUGUACCUUUGGCACCGGCACUGGUUCUGGUUAUGGCUGUGGGCCUGGGCAGUUUGGGCAGGCCAAUUCUGGGCUUUCUGCAUAAGCACGACUUUGGGCAGUCGGCUGCUCAUUGUUCUGUUUUGCAGCCUUGUGACUGGACUUGCUUUAGGCAUUACGGCAGCAUUGCGAGGAUAUAUGUUGAGGUAAAUAGUGGGCCACGUUUCCAAGUCCCUCUUCUAUGGUCGGGUACCUUGAGUGAUACAUCACCUUAUCCAUGACCCAAGGCAUGCAUGAUGACGGUGCAAAACGCGAUGUUUACUACGCUAUACUCCGUAAAAUGACUAGACAGCAGUACAUGUACUGGCCCCUAGCCCGCUAUUUUACACUUCUGCCUUUACGGCCGUAGAACUCCCAUAACCUUUAACCCUCAGAAUACGCCAGACGCUCCGCUCGAAAGAAAUAC